AGAGAGAGAGAGAGAGAGAGAGAGAGAGAGAGGUUCCGAAGAUGGUGCAGCGACUCACAUAUCGGAAACGCCACAACUAUGCCACCAAAUCCAACCAGCACCGUGUCGUCAAAACCCUAGGUGGGAAGUUGAUUUACCAGAGUACCAAGAAGCGGGCUAGUGGUCCUAAGUGUCCUGUAACUGGAAAGAGGAUUCAGGGGAUUCCACACUUGAGACCAACUGAGUAUAAGAGAUCCAGAUUAUCUAGGAACAGGAGGACUGUGAACCGUGCCUAUGGUGGAGUAUUGUCUGGAAGUGCAGUAAGGGAGAGGAUUAUUCGAGCUUUCUUGGUGGAAGAGCAGAAAAUUGUGAAGAAGGUUUUGAAGAUCCAAAAAGCCAAAGAAAAGCUGGCGGCCAAGAGCUAAGCUGAGAGUUUAGAGGGACUUUAUUUUAAAUUUUGGUGAAAUUUUGACAUUCAAGUGUUUACAAGUUGUGCACUACAAAUUGACCUGAUUGCUGCAGCUUUUGAGGAGCAUUUUGCUUUAGUUGAUUAUAUCCGACUUCAUUCCCCCAUUCUA